GAUGCAUUCUCAGCCACCGUAAAUGGACUCGCCUCGGCGUAGAAAUAUUUUGGUCAUUGUUAUAAAAAAUAUAUAUAUAUAGCAUAGCGACGAUGACUGCCAACCUUGAUGCUCAGACCCUACUCCAACUUGCAGAGUUGGCAACGCCUAAUUCAGCAUUUGAUGUGGCAGCUCUUGCAGCAGUAGGAAUUGGCUCUGCCGCAUACCUUCUCAGGGGCAUCGCAUGGGACAAGCCCGAUCCUUACGCACAUAUUUGGUAUGAGCGGCCGCAAUUUAAAGAUGGGUUCCGAAAUAUCAGAGCUCGCGAAACAAGGAACAUCGCAGAAAAGUUGGAGGAACUGAAUAAAAGUUUGGUCAUAUUUUGGGGUUCUCAGUCUGGUACUGCUGAGACAUUUGCACACAGAUUGGGUCGAGAAUGUCACCUCCGAUUUGGUACCGAAGCCUUGGUGGCAGACCUGUCAGACUUCGACCCGGAAACUAUCAGUCAGAUACCGGACUCCAAAUUGGCCCUGUUUGUUGUAUCAACAUUUGGAGAGGGUGAUCCCAGUGACAAUACAGCUGGGCUAUGGGAGUGGAUCCACAGAGACAUGGCAAAAGUGAAGUUACCGAACCUUCGAUAUGGCGCCUUUGGACUCGGAAACAGCAAUUACAAAUAUUAUAACCGUGUCCUUGAUGUGAUAGUAGAAUCUUUGGACGAGGCGGACGCUCAAAGAAUUUUGCCAAUUGGCAGAGCCGACGAUUCAACUGGCGGUACAGAAGAAGAUUUCCUUUCAUGGAAAGAUGAGCUAUUCACUACAUUCAGAGAGCAGCUUCACUAUGAGGAACGUGAUUCUCCUUAUGAACCUACAAUGGUCAUUUCUGAGGACACAUCAAUUCAUUCGAGCGAACUGAGCCACGGUGUACCUCAGGAGCACCACACUGGAAACCGGAGGGCUGCGUCCAAAACUUCACUCAUCAGAGCAGUACCGAUCAUCAGUGCGCAUGAGCUAUACACAUCCACAAGCCGAAACUGCCUUCAUAUGGAACUUGACCUCAAUGAUGCUGCCGAAAUCAGAUACAAGACAGGUGAUCACCUACUUGUGUACCCAACGACACCAGAUGAGGAAGUAGAUAUUCUCUUACGAGCAUUGGGCUUGCAAGAGCGCCGGCUGAUUCCUAUUCGGAUAUCGACAACCGAGGAGGGCUCGACACCGAAGUUACCCAGUCCCACAACUGUGGAGGCUCUCUUCCGACAAUUUCUGGAGAUCUGUGCGCCUGUAUCUCGAGAUGUGAUUAGAGACUUGGCCAGAUUCGCACCAUCUUCAGGGUCCAAAGAGCUGCUCUUGUCCCUAGCUCGAGACAAGGAGUCAUACUCGCGGCAUUUAGGCAAGAACCAUGUCACAAUUGGCCGUCUCUUAGCGCACGCUGCGCCUGAUCAAGUAUGGAAAGACCUGCCUCUUUCAUAUAUAGUAGAGACCGUUGCCCUCUUGAGACCCAGAUACUACUCCAUAUCUUCUUCAUCCAUCGUUUCUGCACGUCGCUUGGCCAUCACCGUCGGGGUUGAGAACACACCCCUUCCUCAAGCCUCAGUGACUCAGAUCCGGGGUCUCACUACAAACUAUCUCCUCGCGUUGGCAAAUUCCGUUAACGGAACGCCGCCUCAUGUGACACAAGGGCCGACCUACGCACUUUCUGGGCCUGCAGGGGCUCUUUCUGGCCACAAAAUCUUUGCCUCAGUGCGUAGAUCAAAGUUCAAGCUACCUGCCCUGGCCUCGACUCCAUUAAUUAUGAUUGCAGCUGGUACUGGUAUCGCGCCGUUCCGCGCUUUCAUUCAAGAGCGCAAGCGCCUAAAAGCCGUGGGCAAAGAGGUCGGGCGUAUGAUUCUGUUCUUUGGCUGUCGUCGUCCUGAUGAAGAUUUUGUGUACAAACAAGAGUUUGAAGAGUCUGUCGUAGCACUUGAAGGGGCGUUAGAGAUCAUCACGGCUUUCUCAAGGAUGGAUGGUCAGCCAAAGACCUAUGUCCAGGAUCAGGUCAACAAAAAGGCCGCAGUUGUUUGUGAUUUGUUGGACAAUGAUGCAAGCCUUUACAUCUGUGGUCGUGCGUCAAUGGCUAGAGAAGUAGGUCGUGUUAUUCAGAGCUCGAUAGCAAAGGAGAAUGGCUGGGAAGAGUCCAAGACUUCUGAUUGGAGUGAGUCAAUGAAGAGAGGAAACAAGUGGCAAGAAGACGUAUGGGGAUAAUCCAACGUUUUGCUUCGUUGCGGAUAAACAUAGAAUUGUAAAUUUUUCUUAACACAAUGGCCAUUCGAGCCACGUAAGUGCCUCUUUUUAUGAUGGUGCAGAGUAUUCCGAAUCAUUCGAGGUCACCAACUGACCGAGAAUGUAAAACUUCCAUAUAUUAAAUUUCAUUGUUGAUUUGACAGUUCUUGCAAAAUAGCGAUUAAUUUUGUAUGUCAGUGCUUAGUACCAACCCAGCCUUCAGUCUUCUAAAUUCGAAUUUCAUUGAAACACGGACAUCAGACAGUUGCAGCUCGCGAUAGUGAAUUCUGUAA